UGCGCACCUUGGAUCGAAGGAGCCAUCUUUGAGGCGUUCAAGGAUGCGGACAAGGGGUAGGCGUUCGCUCUGGGUGCAGACGUAAAGGCGCAGCAACUUCUUUUGUUUUCCGGGCGGCCAUGGUUUCUCGCGUCUCCCCCGCCGGGGAGCAGGCGGUGAAACAGCACUGCUGGUGGUGGCCACGAGUUCCAUCAUCAGAUCUCAGUCCACCCCGACAAUGCGGAGGGCAGACAACGGCUCGUCUCUACUCGAUUCGGGUCGUCGUGUCAAAGGGGGGUUUCGCAGCGGCGCGGGCAACUCCUGGAGGGCGUCGGCGGAUGUGCGACAGGCAUUUGUUUUUUGUCGACGAGCGGCCAUUCAAGGACUCGUCGGAUGUUGGUGGUGAUAUUAUUAUCGAUGGUGAUUAUUAUUCUCGGCGACUGCGUGGUGGUGGCAUGGUGGCAUGGCCUGGCUGCGGGUUGACGUGAGGCUUUCGGGAGCGGCAGCUGUUUUAAGAGGUCAGCUCCGGGGCCAAACAGCGGUUUCACUGGUCUGGCUUGGUUUGGCUGGCUUCUUUUCGCGGGGGCCGUCGCCUUCCCCAAUUGGUUCUAGAAGGUGUCUGCGGCCAAUCGCCAGGCACCAGGCAACCCGCUUCAACCGGCUCCCACUCGCUCCUCCGACUCGCCUACCCCGGAAGCAAUCCCCAGACCCUGGGUCGCAAUUUCCAUGCAAAACGGAUGAACAAGCCCUGGCGAGCUCGAUUUCGCUCCCGUCCCGUGACGGUCCGAGCGGGCGGCCAUCAACUCGUUGUACUUUGUGCGGAAUACAUGCUUCGUUCGAAAGAGGUGGGCGGCCAUCGUCAAGAAAGGAAUGGAACCUGAGCAUGCCGGAGGCAUCACCGGGGAACAUGAAAUGGGCAUGGACAGUGAGUGUACUUUGCCUCUCCUCCCGCCCGUAUCCUAUCGGGGAAUGCCCGACUGCGUACAUCCGAACAUGGUUUGUUAGUGAUUCCAUCUCUCACCGGCUGGUUGAGACCGGGAAUGGGGACAACUGCCGGGACCAUUCGGGGCUGUCAACCAAACACUCCCUUGCUCCCGUGCCGGAUCCAGCAGCACAUGGAAAAAGGCAGGACAGGAAGGGGGUCCAUCCCAUCCCCGCCCAGUGCCCCGCGGAAGGUGCUCAACGCGCGCUAGGGUAACCGAGAAUGGUGCAAACUGGCGAGGGAGCAUGACGGCGA